GAUGGUUGAUUAUAAGAGAAGGGCAGAGAGAAGGAGAGACUAUUAUGAGCGUAUUAAACAGGAUCCCAUCAAAUUCUUGCGUGUUUUCGGCAGGAGUUCGAAGCUUCAUUUGGACUCAGAAGUAACGAAAGCUGCUGAAAACCCAAACAAUAUGAUGCCAUGGAUCGGUGAUCCAUCUAUUAUGAUCGAUCGCUUUGAUGUUCGAGCUGGUCUAGAACACUAUGAUACACAAGUAACUGAAGACAUCAAACUGUCAUCAACAGAAAGAAUUGAAGCAAGAUUAUGUAACUAUGAACGUUAUCGUUGUCUCAUUCAUAAUGAAUACGCAUCAGUUACGGAGGCGAUGGCACUGAAGCAAAUUGAAAUGGAUGAAAAGUAUGGCGACUUAGAAAAACGUCGAAAAGAAGACGAAGAAGCUGCAACAAAAAAGAGUCAAGAAUCAAAAUCUGCUAUAGGAUUUGUAUAUGAGGACAGUACUUGUCCCCCACAGACUUCUAUGUCGCAUACUACACCUGCACUUGAAGAUGACAGUGGUUCAGAAGAUGAAGCUGACAGUGACAUGGAUAUUGAUGUUGAAUUGGAUGCAAGUACUUUGACAACUGAAGCACGUCGUCAACUAGCCAAAUCUGCUGCUUUAUUCGGUUUGCAUCCAACUGAUUUUGUACGUCUAUUGAAUGCGGAUCAACAACUAGAAACUGAGCUACGAUUAGCCAAAGCUUUAGAAGAUGAAAAAUUACAAUUAUCUGGUCGUAAAUCUCGACGUUCUAGACGUCUACUGAGAGAACGUCGAGCUCAAGAGAAGUUUCCUCGGUUACUGACUACAAAGAUUGGUCUUUUGAACGGUCAACCAAUAUCAAGACGGACUGUCUACCUAUCUGCCAGCUCAUCGGAUUCCGCUGAUUAUCCAUCCGAUGUGGAAGAACAAGAUUUUUCAGGUGUUGUAUACGGAAGUCCCACGUCAAAGGCAGCAACAAUUCGUGAUCAAAGAGCACGUGCUAAACCAGUACUGUCGAAUGCUCGUGGACCAGCUGUCCAUAUUGGAGGGAUGACGUCGAUAAGUUUAUGUCGUAGAAAUUAUAAACAAUCAAGUCAUGAUAAUCAUUCAAAAUAUCGAGCAACAUCUGGUAGAAGUUCAAGCAGCAGCAGUAGCAGCAACAGCAGUAGUGAUGGUGGUGGUGGCGGAAGCCGUCGAAGUCGACGAUUUUCUUCCAGUUCAUCAAAUAGGUCAUUUUCAAAUCGGGGUUCACGUAGUAGAAAUCGUCGUCCUAAACAGCACUCUCGUGUGGAAUACAUAACUACAUUUGGUGAUAAUGAUGACAAUUUAGAUAAUCAAACGGGCAAUGGUGGAAAUAAUCAGUCGAAGUCAAAUGCGCAGACAACAUUAUAUGAUCGUGGAUGUGGAUUAUUCGGUGCAAAUGAUAGUAAACCUCCGGGAUCUGCUGCAUCUGCUGUUGCAGCUUCUGUUGUUUCAAAACUCCUCAGUUCAAAGCCAACGUCCGAAACACAGAUAAAAAGUAGUUCUGACAACACAUCUCGUCACAGUACAAAUAGAAAAAACUCUCGGACUCGUUCACCUCCUAGAUACAGUGAUCGAGGGAGAAGACAACUUUCAAAAAGUCGCUACCGUUCGACUUCAAGAUCUCGGUCUAGUAGUCGCCGAUCUAAUAGUUCCCGUGGCAGCAGAAACCGCAGGAGAGAUCACAGUCGAAAUCGACGUAGUGACAGUAGCAGAGAUUAUAGGGGUUCUUAUCGGGGAUACAGACGUGGUUCAGGCCCAUACAGAUCAAGACGCAGGUCCUCUUCAUCAAGAAAAUCAUAUUCUAGUUCUAGUACUUCAGUAGACAAUGAAAAAUCAAAUUAUAGUCGGAAUCGUACUGAGAAUUCAUUAUGUGAAUCAGAAGAAACCACUGCAAUAAGGCAACCUUCACCUCCAGUCCGUAAACGAUACUAUCGACCUGAGUUGGAGUCAGCUGAUGAGCUGGAAUUUUCAGAUGAAGAAAAAGAUGAUGAUAAUGAUAACAAUAAUAAUAACAAGAAGGAAUCAUCAUUCAAAUCUUCAGAAAAUAUUUCAGCAAGGCGUCAAUCAACCUCAUGGAAAUUGGAUUCCAGUUCUUAUGGCGGCGGUGAUUACGCGGGUAAGAUGAUGACGUCUCAACAGUCAACAAUCACGACUGGUGGUAGUGGUCCUAGUCCCAGUCCCAGUCAUGUUUUAAAAUGUCCUACUGCUACUGGAUCAACACCUCGUCUUAUGCCACAAGAAUUAUUAAAACGUCGUGUACAGUCACAACUUACUAAAGCCUUUAACGCUGAUAAAAAGGCUGAAAUGGAAAAACAACUUCAAUUGGAAGCAGAACGUCAGGCUCGUGAAGAAAGUCUUCGUCAACAGGCUCGUCUACUUAGACGUCAAGAGGAGAAACGAUUACGUGCUGAACGACGUGCUAUGGCUUUAGAAUUAGGCUCAGUUCUUGGUGAUGAUGAUGAUGAUAUGACAGACUCAUCAUCUGUUUCUUCUUCCAACGCUUCAAGCAGUAGACAUCGAAGUAGUCGAGUACAAAGCAGUAGUAGAAGGUCUGAAUUCUCACCAAUUCGUCGUAGGCCAACAUCAGUUUAUAGUACUUAUGAUGCGUCUACUGGUCGAAGAUAUUCCCCUCCAAGUUUUACACGUAGUCGAUCUCGAGCUGAUACAGAAAAAGGACUUUUAGGCAGUCCAUCCUCUAGUAGAGAUGACAGACUACCAUCUCCACCAUCUUAUUCAAACUCACGUUCAUCUUUGAAUGACUCAUCAAGCUGUAAACGUGAUGUUCAAGGAUCCGCCUCAAGAGAUCGAACUGGUAACUCUUUACUCGGCAGUCCUACUCGAUGUUCUUAUUAUAGUGCAAGGGAAAUGUCACUACACAGUCCUAGUUCCCGGCUGGAUAGACGCUAUAAUUCGUAUAGAUCUUCGGUAUCAUCACGUGACUCAGGACAAUAUUCUACGACUACUACUACUACUACUGAUAAUGCGUACAAAUCGAAUCAUCAAUCCUCUUACAGACGGUGUCGGUGAAUCACAAUCGAAUCGGUCAGUGUCAAGUCGACUAGACACCUCCCACUCCACUUCUACUAAAGACAAUUACCAACAUCGUGAUAACAGAGAGAACAAUAAGCGUAAUACUAGUAAUAAAAUAGUAAUAAUAAUAAUAAAUAACAGUUAUUAUUAUUACUAUUAUUUAUUCUUAGAGAAUUGUAUAUCUAUUCUUGACUAUUGCUAAUCAAUUAAUAAUAAUUUAAUGUUUCAUUCUGAGGAUUGUUCCCCCCCUUCGCCAGCCUCGCCCCUCUCCGCCCUCUAACCUCCUAUUUCUUCACCUGUCGUCACUAAAUGAAGAAGAUCAUAGAGAGAGCAAGCUCUUUUUUCUCUUUUCUUUCAUGUUUAAAUAUAUAUGUGUAUUAUAUUACUACUGCUAUGGUUAUUAUUAUUAUUAUCAGUAGCAAUAUGGGUGGUCGUGGUGGUGUUGGUACCAUCAUAUUCCUGCUAAUAUCCUCUUCGUUAUCAUAACAGUAAUAAUACCAUUAUUUUUAUUAGUGUACAAUCAGUUUAUAAUUUGUUCCCUUAUCCAUUGUAUAAAGUUCAUUUCCUUCGAAUAGCUUGCUGUCUUUUUCAACACUCUAUAAACAAAAAUAAAUAUAAACAUAUAAAUUCG